AUUUCAAACUCACUAGCAUUUCAGCUGUACAGUAUCACUGAAUUGUCUGGAUUAUCCAGGCAGAAAAUUAUAUAAACAAUUGAACAAUAAGUUUUUACAAUACCAUAGAAAUCACAACGGUAAAAAGCCGGUUUCUGCAGCAACGAUACAGAGGGUGUCAAUUGAUAGGCCUAUACACAGCAGGUAAGUUUCUAUGAAUGAUGACAACAGAUUUGAUGUAACCCAAAGAAGACAAUAAUAUAUAAGAGUCAUGGCGUAUAUCUAUGGUAACGCUAUUCAUGUCAGUGUCGCUGUGUUUGUGUUGGGCAUAAUUGAAGUUCUCAUGUGGGGUGCUUGUUUUUUUGGAUGUCAAGUUUGGGGUCAGCACGACUAUGGAAUAGCAGUAUUUACUGGUGUAUUUGCUAUAUGGACUGGAAUUUUUGGUAUCUGCAUGACGAAAAAGACACUAGAUCGAAGACUGGGAAGCUGUUUUCUUUGUUCAAAUAUCAUCCUCAUUUUAGUUUCUACUGCGUGUAUUCUAUUGAGUACAUAUGCUGGGUUGCAAGAGUACGAGUUCAUUACCGAGAGGGCAAGAACCUCUGGAGACACUGGUAUUGACAUUACAGGUCUUGUGAUCUUCGGAACCACAGAUUUCUUUGCAAUUAUUCUACUCAUUGCUGGCUGCUAUGCCUCCUUCAUGAACUGUUGCUGCGAGCCGUUACCCCCUAAAGAAUUCGGCUUCGAAUGCAUGAACUAUGAACAGCAGUGUGCUGGUACCUAUGAAGAUGCUGAUUUUGUUUGAGAAGUUACAGCGCCCUCUUCGAACAACACUAAACCAAAAGUUCAGUAUCAAGUACAGCCCAUGGUUUUAAAUCCUUUACGUUGUCUCAGUCGCCAUUACGAAAUGUUUCACGUCUAUUCUUUUUAUUUUCCAGUGUGUAUUCACUUAAAAAAAAAAUUAUGAACAUGUAUACUACCCUCUAUAACUGACUUACUGACUGAUUCAUAGCAAUAGAAAUACGCGACAACGCCUAUGUGACAAUUGGUUACAAAAAGAGGAAUUCCUGAGUUUAUUGUUGCUUAUUUGCUGUAUUGUUAUAAUCUGGCUGUCAGAGUACUGUUACUCUUUUUAGCAAUUCUCACAGCCCUUGUGAUUAGUUUAUUUUAGGGGUCAUCAAGUUUUCAUCACUUUCAGGGAAGUAAAAUACUCUUUUCUGACUCUCUUCCUCUCCUAAAACAGUACAUGAUAAAAUAAUGAUUUUCGUUUAGGAGGUUACAUAGACUGUUGACACAUCCCGCCCCUAGCAGGUCCGUAGCCAGGUUCUUCCAAAAGAGUAGGGGGAGGGGGUCAGCAAAACCCCCGAAACCAGAGGAUUUUUGUGUUUUAUACCUCUAAAUAAUGCUAUAAAAGCAGUUAUAUUUGAAAAAGGUCUGCAGCAAAGCAUUCCGUCUGGGUGGGUCUGCAGUGCAUGAGUUGAGUUUGAGGACUCGUUCGGGAAAUUGGGAAGGGUGGGGGUUGCCAGAAAAUAGGGGUGUUUGCUUAAAAUGAGGAUUUGCCUGAACCAUAACACACAUCUAGCCCCACCCCGGCUACGUUUGGUUUGUGCUCUUGUGAAAAUGAUGAAAAAAUGGAUGACCGCUGUGGAUAAUAUUUUAAUUAAUUUUGCUAGUUAUCGUGUUUUUUUGCUUGUGUGUAAAGACACAGUUUGCUGAAUGGUGAGGGUGAUGCAGCUUUUCAUUGUAGCUAUGUAUGGAAUUUAUAUUAGGCCUAGUUUUGAAGUUUUGAACGAUUUCUACGGUACCUCUCCAACUUUUGAAUGUAAAAUAUUUAGACCGUUGUAAACUUUCAAGGAAUAUUUUCAUUUUCCUUCUGUAAAUGUAUUUUUUUUAGUCACAAGGCGAGAACUGUAUAUGACAAUAGCGAACCAUAUUGGCUUCACUAAGGGGCAAUGCUUUUACAAGACAAAAAUACAAACAAGAUGAAGAUGUUCCACAUUGUUUUUGAUAUGUUGUGCAACUAAUUUUUUAAAGGCACGGUUUAGUUUUUAUCUCUAUUAUAUCAUGAUUUAUAUAUAUACAUAUAUAUAUACAUACACACAC